CCAGAGCAUGGGGCGCACAGGUACAUCCACCCAUUCCACAGGGGUUAAAUCAUCCACCGAGGGACGAUUCGCAGACGCUCCUUCUCCUCCCCCCGUCUUUGACCGCGAACUCUUGGUACCGGCGAAAGAACAUAUCGUCACUCUCCCUUCUGGAACUACCUUUGUGAGUGACCAUCCGAUGACGCCUGUCCCUGCGACUGUCACUGCCCCUAUGGCAAAGGCGGAUGCGGUAGUGGAUGGCAUCAAGACCAAACCUACUAUCGACGGGAUCAAGGCUGCUUUCGAAGGUAUCGGUCUCAACGGGAAUGGGAACGCCAAAGGGAACGGGAACGGGAAUGGUACUUCCGAAGGACCGUUGCUCACUCCCAAGGCCACACUGCACAAGCCUCACGGAAAGACCUUCGCCGGCCAACCCAAGCUUCCAAAGCUCCCUAUUCCCCCUCUGGCGGACACAUGCAAGCGCUACCUCCGCGCUCUCGAGGGCCUGCAAGACCCCUCCGAGCACGGUGUCACGCGUAAAGCGGUGGAGGAGUUCCUUAGGCCUGGAGGGGAGGGGGAGAGGAUGCAGAAGGAGCUCGAGGAGUAUGCGAGGGAUAAGGCGAGUUAUAUUGAGGAGUUUUGGUAUGAGAGCUAUUUGAGCACGACCGAUCCUGUCGUGCUCAGUCUUAACCCUUACUUUGUCCUUGAGGACGACCCCUCCCCUUCGCGCGGCUCGCAGCUCACCCGCGCAGCAUCGCUCAUCGCUGCCUCCCUCGGGUUCAUCCACGACCUCCGACACGAGAUCCUCGAGCCCGACUCGUUCCGCGGCCGCCCGCUCGACAUGUACCAAUACACGCGUCUCUUCGGUACUGCGCGUAUCCCCACCCAGCGCGGGUGCAGGAUGGACAGCAACGAGGGCUCGCGGCAUAUUUGCGUUUCCCGCCGUGGACAGAUAUACUACUUUGACGUGCUGGACUCGCAGAGUCGGCCUGUGCUCACCGAGCGCGAGAUCCUGAGCAACCUCCAGGCUAUAUGCGCGGACGCGGAUUCCCUCCCCCUCGAACAGGUGUCUACGAACAGCAUCGGCCUGCUCACUACUGAGAACAGGAAGAUCUGGUCCAGCCUCCGCCAGACGCUACACGAACACCGGCGCAACCGCAUGUGUCUCAAGGUUGUCGACGACGCGCUGUUCAUCGUCUGCCUGGACGACCACACGCCGAGCACGACAGCGGAGAUGUGUGGCAACUUCCUCUGCGGUACUUACCGGCUCGAGGAGGGCGUUCAGGUCGGAUCCUGCACUAAUAGGUGGUACGAUAAGCUCCAGAUCAUCGUCUGCGAGAACGGGGCCGCAGGGAUAAACUUUGAACAUACGGGCGUGGACGGGCACACCGUACUCCGCUUUGCAGCCGACGUGUAUACCGAGUGCCUGCUCCUCCUUGCACGGUCGAUCAACCCCUCCGCACCGACGCUGUUCAAAGUCUCUCUCUCGCCGCACGCGAAAUCGUACAAGCCAAAGGGGCAUCAUCAUCAUUUGGCGGAAGAGGAACCGGAGGAACAUAUUCAUUCCACGCCGAAGAAACUCGAGUGGACUAUGACGCCUGAGGUCAAGACUGGAAUCCGGUUCGCGGAGACGAGGCUGAGCGACUUGAUUUGCCAGAAUGACUGUCAGGUCCUGGAAUUUAGGGACUAUGGAAAGAACUUUAUUACAAAGUAUGGGUUUUCCCCAGAUGCGUUCGUGCAGAUGGCUUUCCAGGCUGCCUACUACGGGCUGUACGGGCGGAUCGAGACCACCUACGAACCGGCCAUGACCAAGGCCUUCCUUCACGGGCGGACCGAGGCCAUCCGGACUGUCCAGCCCGAGAGUGUCGAGUUUAUCAAAACCUACUUUUCGGAUAAGCAUUCCCCUUGGGAGAAGAUUGCGGCUUUGCGCAAGGCGUGUGAGAACCAUGUCAGGUUGACUAAGGAGUGUUCGGUUGGUUUGGGACAGGAUCGCGUGCUGUAUGCGAUGUACUGCCUUCUGCAGCGAGAGAUCCAAGCGAACGAGAACGGCAGUGGCAAGCCCGGGACCGCUACCAAGCUCCCAAGCAUCUUCACCGACCCGGGGUACACCGUCCUCGGCACAAGCAUAAUCAGUACGUCGAACUGCGGCAACCCCGCUCUGCGCCUAUUCGGUUUCGGACCCGUAGCAGCCGACGGGAUAGGCGUAGGCUACAUAAUCAAAGACGACAUGAUCUCCAUCUGUGCGGCGACGAAACAUCUCCAGACUCGCAGGUGGCUCGACACCCUCCGUUCCUACAUGCUCGAAGCGCAGAAACUUAUUAUACAUAUCUACCGGGCGGCGAACGAGCGCGCGGGGUCUUUUGUCGAUCAUGGGGGGGUGCUGAGGGAUGGCAGGACGGGGGAACCGAUCGCUCUCUCGGAGUAUAGCGAGGGCAGGACGCCGUACGAAGAGCACGAGCACGAGCACCGUUCGGGCACAGCGACGCCCUAUGAGGAGGAGGCGCUCACUACUGGAUACAGCUUUUUCGAUUCGGAGGAUGUGGACUUGCUUGCUAGGCCGAGGAAGAGGAGUGCGUAUGGCGUGGGGAGGUCGUUGCUCAUGACGGAGUAUUGAACCGAUUGAUG